AUGAUCCCCAAAGGCUACCGUUUAUCCUUUCCCCACCUCGUCUUUUACGUUUCCACCUUUAUAAUCACCACACAGCUUUAUUUCAUAUGGGGCCAGUCCAAACUCAACUACAUCGACUUUGCUCACAAGCGCAUAUUGGGCGACUGGACUUUUGAUGCCGAUGUCCACGCCAAUGUCCAUACUCUCAGCCAGGACCAAUGCGAUUCCGCCUUCCCAAAGCUCUAUCACAGCCUUGACGAGUCCGUCCGCUUGCGGCAGGGGAGAAAGGUUCACGCCCAAGAUAUUGAAAUAGAAGAAGGAAGAUGCAUGCUGAGAGUGCUCAUCUACGAGGGAGAGCUCUUCGUUGUCGAUGCCGGAAUCCCGGAAAAAUGCUAUGUUACCAACGGGAAUGAGAGAGAACGCAUUCUUGGAACUCUGGCCCAGAUUGAUCGUGCCGUUACUUCCGCAUCUACCUCUGAUCCCGCAGUCCCAAACAUUGAAUUCUCAUUUUCGCUUGAUGACCUACCACGCCGGUCUCGGAAGGAUGGAACUUUCUUUGGCUACACGCGAAAAGACACACCAGAAUAUCGAGACAUCUGGAUGAUGCCCAACUACGCCUACUGGGCUUGGAACUACACCCAUGCUCCCAGCUGGAACAGCAUCAGGAAAGAGAUUGAGCAAAAGGAGAAGGACCUGCCCUGGGACAAAAAGGACCCCAGGGUCGUCUGGCGAGGCAAGAUCAAGAUGGCAAAGCUAAGAAAGGAGCUAGUCAAAGUCAGUGAAGGAAAGGAAUGGAGCGAUAUCAAGCCUGUCGUCAUCAAUAACGCCAGCGAUCCUCAUACAAAGGACGUCAUGAACUUGAGGGAUUUCUGCGGCUACAAAUACACUGUCCAGACCGAAGGAACCUCUUACUCCGGCCGCCUCAAGUAUCUCCAGCUCUGCCGCUCAGCCAUGAUCACUCACCCCCUGGAAUGGCAAGAGUUUCACACCCACCUCAUGCGCCUCGCUGGUCCCGAGGUGAAUUAUAUUGAGGCUUCAGAGAACUUCGGUAAUCUCGAGUCCGCCAUGGAAUACUAUCGUGAGCAUGACCACGAGGCAGAACACAUUGCGAAGAAUAGUUAUGAGACGUUUACCCGAAGGUAUCUUACACCAGCAGCAGUGACAUGCUAUUGGCGACGAUUGUUCUGGUCCUGGGCGAGCGUGCAAGGAUUCGACCCACUCUUGUACGUCCCUGAUAAAGACGGCAAGAUGGCCAUGAGAGGUACACCCUGGACGGCCUUCGCUGCCAACUGGCCCAAGGACCCCGCAGCUAUUCCCUGA